GGCGAUCAAUCCCAUUUGCUGGAUUGCAAUCUGUGGGAAGUCAAUGAGUGCAGUCAGUGUCACACAUGGUGACCGUACGAAGCCAUCUGCUGCGUCUACAGACUCUACACUGCUUGAACGGGUAUCAUUGCCGCCAGGGACAAGGUCGUCAUCAAAGUCGGCGUCGUGUGUGGGCAUCUUGCAUACAUCCAGAAGGGAGGAAGCCUGCCAUUCUGUUGAAGGGGACUUGGAUAUGCCAAAGCUUGAUCCUGCGGCAGCAUGUCACUUGCUUGCCAGUUUGGCAGAUGCGUCAAUCGCUGCUUCAGUCUGUCAUGAUGAGAGGAUACCGAUGCGAACAACAGAAGCUAGCGACAUCACAUCAGGGGAUGAAGGUGAUGGUGAGAGUAUUGGACCAGCGCCUACUUCCACUAGUGUGGCAGAUGGUGGUGGGAAGAUGUCAGCCAAUCAGUUUCGAGAUGCAAUUGCAUCGACUUUCCUCCUGAGAACGAUGGAAAUGUUGUCUGAUCCAUUGGAUGAAUCUCUACGGAAGCUUUCCUUGCACGUCUUGAUGAGGCCAUUGCUGGAGGCCAUUCGAAGUGUUGAUGGCAGGUUGCAUUGGGCGAAAGAGUUGUGGAAUCGCUGCAAAUCUCUGCUAGAGAUGGGCACUGUUCAACGAAGAGAUGGCUAUGCAGUGCUGUCUCGUUUUGUUGACAUCUUUUUGCCACCGAUCAGGGCAAUAGUACAUGAGCAAUUUGAAGCUGUAUAUGUUGGAGGGGUGAAGUCACGGGGAACCGUGCUUGAUGUCCGAAAGGAUCUCUCUUUCUGGUCUGCUGUUAAAACCGGGUUGGUGGACGAAGACUCGCUGACAAGGAAGCAGGCUAUGUAUGUCCUACGACAUGCACUGCCAGAGUGGGAGACUGCAACACCUGAUGAUAAGUUGGCUCCGCAAGGUAACCUUCGACAGCCAGAGAAGAACUCAGCCAAAGGGAACAAAGGAGCAAGGGAGGGAGAGGAGGGCCUACAGGUAACGGAGAAGAAAAGGAAGGAAAAGUAUGAAAGCAAGAGCAACUGGUGGGCAGCAAUGGAGGCGAGGGAUUCCUUAAAGGAGGCCCUGCACGGCAAAAGUAAUGAAGCGGCGUUGCUGGAUUCUCAUGAUGUGCAGCAGAUGGAAGACGUAGUUAUAUGGCGACAGUGGCAAGCAUUUUUGUUGCUUUGCGACACACUGGAUGAGUAUGGAGUUCAUCUUGCUGAAGCAGCAUGGAAUUUACAGAUAGAUAUUUUGUGCAGGCCAUGCUUAGGGAAGGUUCCAGGGGCAGACAUAUGCGGAUCCACAUUACCGGGGAAGCGAGGUGCGAAGGUGGUACCUGUGGUAGAUUUCUCAUGGAUGGCAGUCCUCUGGCAGCGAGGGCUCACUCACCGAAAUCCACAAGGCGUGAAAGGUGUUUAUACCUCUGUGACUGCAACUCAGGCUGCUGAGGUACUGAGUUCCUAUGUGCGCAGCCUUCAUUCCAGGGAGGGGCACUUUUUUUUGCAUCUAUUUGCGGAAAGAACUAUAGAUUUGGCACCUUGCCGAUCAGGCCUGAUGACUCUUGCAAUAUGCAUAGAGGCAGCAGCACAAGCGUCAAGUUGCGGCGGUGAACGUGUAUGCUGCGAAAAUGGCAGUGAAUGUGGAAACAACAUCAGUGACCACAUACUGGACUCCCUCCGGCGGGUGGCAGAGUUGGUUCGGAGACAUUUCAAUCCAGCGUACAGAGCUAAAGUGCAUCAUCAUUUGCUGAAUGCUGCAGCAUCUGUUCUACGCCCUCCCGAUGUGUCUGUUUCGGUCCUUGGGCGGUUUGUCUCCUGCAUCCCACGGGAGCUUCUUCGUUGUGGUGGGCAAUUACAAUCGACCUUUCUUUCAUGGCUGCAAAGUGGUGACGAGGAUCAUGUUGGCAUUGACAACGAUUUAACGAGUAGUACUUCUGAUUCCAUGAGCUGGCUAGUCGGUCGGCUUCAUAAAGCCCUGUGUACCCUGCUUCAGCCGGGCCUAUCCUUGUCGUCAGGGGCAUAUGUUAGUGACGAGGAAGUCAAAGGUUGGAGAGAGGAGGCUGGCCGGCUUGCAGCACUUAUAUCACUGGCGAUCCCUAGGCCACCAGACCUGGAAAGGCUCUUGAAGGUUGUUCAAGACUGUGCCCAGCAGAUAUACAGCCAUCCAUAUAUCCCUUCUGGACUUGCAGAAAGGACUCUGGUUCUAAUCCAGAGUCUUCUGAAGGAGUGUCCGCCUUCUGGUUUGAUCAGGAAGACCAGAGGAAGGCCUCAUUUUGCAAAAAUGCAAGGAAGUUCAGAACAUGGAUCAACCAUGAGAUAUGACAAAAGCAUCCUCAGCAAAUCCAUCAAAGGAGAGAAGGACAGGCAGUUUACAGUGCAAGAAGGUGCUGGUGCUGGUGAGCAUUGCAAACACGCUACAGAGAAGAAUGUGGGCCAAAAUAGCGGACACCUUGUUGCGGUGUUAGCACAACUCGUCCUCAGUGUGAAUGAUGAGCUGUUGGCGUACGCAGCAGCAGCAUCGUCAGUGCUCUGGGAUGAGCCCUUCAUCAGGCAAGUCAAGCCUCAGGCGAAGUCACACUCUUCACUGGGGAGGCUGGGUGCACAGCCAUCUCGUCGCCUGUGUCCGGAAGACGCUGCGGCUGUCAACAGAGCAGUUCUGGCUCUCUCAACUGUCCAAGACUACUGUAUUUGGUGGCAUAAAUGGUCCCUGGAAGCAGAUGCACUGUCGUCAGCGACCAUAUUCUUGUGGCGGUUUGUAUUGGAUUUCGUUAAUGCAGCGAGGAAAAGGAUGAGACCGACAAGUGAGGCAGAAGCAGAGCUUCGAGUUGCAGCAUAUGAAGGAAUGUCUGCUGUUUGCAAAGCCUUGGCAGAGACAAUUUCACCGCAGGGGGUCGCUUCUGCUCUUCUGGCCUUCCGUUUGAGUGGUAUAAAUGUAGUAGAUUGCUCACAGCUGCUGAAUGAAGCUGCUGUUGCACUCAGAGAAGGCCUGGAAGCAGUCUGGGACACCGGUCUUCUCCCAAGGAGUCGCUGCUGCAUCCUCUCAGGGUACAAGGUACGCAUAAGCUGCAGGCGAUCGACGAUGCCUUGGGGUUUUAUGGAAGGACGGGUGAUGCCAUUCACUGCAAAGCCACUGCCAUCUCGAUUUGAUGUAAAUCGUUAGAUUUUGCUCUUACCAGCUACACUCA